AAAUCAGCCAUCACUCUUGGAUGUCGUCGUGGCUCCGGAAGUCUGUGGUUGGCCCGCAGGGGUGAGUUUGUUUCGAUGUCUGACUCCUCCCGGGCUGAAAUAAAUCAUAUGCUUUCCAUAAAACAGGUCGUUUGUGCGGGUGAUGAUGUGCAUCUGGUCUUUCGAAAUAUGGCUCGGUAUUUAAUUUGAACAGAAAAUGCAUUUCUGUGACAUUUAACUUGUUUUUGUCAAAAUCUGUUGGAAGUUAUCGGGAAGCUUCGGCUGUUCGGUUACCCUGUUGAAUUAGAAAACUCACAUUUGCCAAACUUGUCUUCCUGUCAAAAACUCAUGUACAGUGAAAAUAUAGCUACGGUGGCCGAGAACCGCCACUGCUCUAAAUAAAAAAUUUUAAAAAAAGAAAGAAAAAAGAGAAAAAAAAAGAAAACCACAAUGGAAGUUACGGAUGCAAAGAAAAAAGAAAACCGAAGCCCACUGCAAAUAAAAAAAGAAAUGUUGCAGAUAAAAAAUAAAAGUAAAAAACACACAACUGAAGUUAAUGACGCAAAAAAAGUGGUGACGCAAAAACAAAACAAAACAAAAAAAGUUACCUACUGUGAAAAUAAAAGGAUGCAAUUAAAAAAAGAUUGAUGCACUGGUGUUUUACGAUCUAGGCACAGAGGAUGACGGUGAAAAGACGAGCAAAGAAAUAAGUGGAAAGGUUAUUGUUUAAUUUCGCGGGGUUUUUUUUUUAUUUUUUUUUGCAUCACCACUUUUUUAUGUCAUUAACUUCCGAUGUGUUUUUUUUUAUUUUAUUUCUGGACUGUUUCUUUUUUUAUUUGUAGCAGGCUUCAGUUUCUUUUUUUUUUUUUCUUUUUCGCAUCUAUAACUUCUGUUGUGCUUUAUUUUUUUAUUUUUUUAUUUUUUUCUUUGCAGCAGUGGCGGUUCUCGACCACCGUACCACAGGCUCAUUGUUGACGAUUACCAAUAUAAAACAUUAAUACUCGGCAGUUUUAGUAGAUGAAAUAAGCCUAUAUCUGGCCCACGCCCUGUUAUAUUUUUCUCGUAUUUCACAUUGACCAUUUAAUUGGUGUGACUUUCUGAAGAGUCUCCCAUGCGCAGACCUUUGACUACAGACAGACUCCUCCUCCUCUCGGUCUCCUCUGGUACUAAACUGCACAAACUCACCAGAGUGACAUCAACAACAAACUUCAGCUGAUCCGGUUGACUGAGGGGCAUCUGAACGUGAACGUCGACCUUAUCAAGUCACAUUUGCAUCGGACGACAUACCUGAAAGAUUUCAGCAAAAAUGCCUGUAAGUUUAAAAGUUUUGCUUUUUGCUCUUGUAUUUGUGUGGUUGUUGUGAAGCAGCUGGGGAAAACUGUAAGCCUAGUGUUAAUUAGAAAAAUGUUGUCCAGCUGAAAAGAAUUAAACGAAUUAUUAACUAGUGUGUGUUUGUGUGGAGGGGCAAUACAAUAUUUUACAAUUGAAUCUGAUAUAUCUUUAGUUGUAUUGACUAUACCGGUGACAUCAGGAGUUGUGUUAAGACUUGCCUGGACAUGUCCAUAUCACUGCUUUAAAUUGCCAUGUAUUAAUCAGACUGUAGGGGGCGAUAUUCUCAUUCUCAGCAUAGCUGAUCCAUGUUGAUACAGUUAAGUAAUUUAUGAAUGACAAUUAUGACAACCUGGAUUGAUCAUUGUUGCAGAUUGCAAGAGAUUUGCUGCAUCCCAGCUUGGCCGAGGAGAGGAGACGACACAAGAAGAAGAGGCUGGUGCAGAGACCUAACUCAUACUUCAUGGAUGUUAAAUGUACAGGUACUGAAUAUCUCGUACAAUGUUCCCUUUUGAUAAACCGUUUUGAUUACUACUUUUCUGUAAUUACAUCCAUCUUUAAAUGUGUGUUUAAGGCUGCUAUAAGAUCACCACAAUCUUCAGCCAUGCUCAGACAGCAGUACCUUGUGGAGGAUGCUCUCUUAUUCUCUGCCAGCCCGGGGGAGGCAAAUGCCGACUAACUCCAGGUGAGGACAUAUUGUUUCAUAUUUAUUUCGAUUUUUAACAAGAAGAGGGCUUACAUGCUGCCCUUACUGAUAAUCUGCCUAUAAUAAGUUUCAGAUAUGCUUGAUUUUUUUGUCCACCCAGGCUGUGCCUUCAGGAAGAAACACACCUGAGCAGACACAUGGAAACACUCAUGUCAGGAAGCAGAAUGGAUCAUGGCCAAAUGAGUCUGAGUCUCACACUCCUUGAUCUGAAUUACCUGAAUUCUCAGAGAGAACAUAGUACCUCUCCUUAAGCACCUCGUUGAUCUGGAGUGAAACUGGAUUUCCUCCAAUAUUGUCUUAUUGGCCAGGGGUGGGGCUUUUAAAGCUCGAGAUAAGCUUUUAGAUAGUUUAUGCACUACAAUCAUUCCAGAGAGAACAGUGAAAUUCAUCAUGAUUAAAUAGCUAAAACAAAGCACUCCGUGUUUUUUAAUGAGUCAGAAAACUUUCAGAUAAUUGUGGUCUGAAAGUACAAAAAACUCAAACGAGUUUAAUUUCUGUAAAACAUUUAUUCGAUUGACAUAGAGAGGGGCGGGUGAAUGAAAUAUCUCAAAAUGGUCUCAUGGCCCUGGCAUGAGAUGAAACCACGAUGACCAUCAUCACAAACAAAAAUAAAACAUCUUAAGAAUUUACUGUCUGCGUUAUGUGUGUUCUUUGGUCUUGAGAGUUCCCCUUGGCAAAAAGAAGUGGUGUAAAGGAAACAAAAAAAGAAUCAAAGAAAUACAAUUUCUCACAUACCUAACAUUAUUCUACUAUAUACAAUAAGUAUCCAUGUUUGAUAAAAGUUGACUGAGCUUCCAGUGGUUUGGGGUUGAGCUCGCUCAUGUAAUACAAAGUAUUGUAAAUGUAGUAUAAAUUGGCUACAUGAUGGCAUAUCAUUGGCACUGAUGCAGACUGCUGUCGGUCAGGCAGAGCAUUAGGAAAGGUAGUUCAGCUUUGAUACGCAUGUCAGGUUGUAGAAACUGUACAUGCACAGCUCCCAGGUUCUGCACAAUUCCCACACCAAGAAAGAAAGAAAGAAAAUGCACUUAAAUAAUUGAUGCAUCUUCUUAGGUAAGCCGCAGGAUAAUGGGAACGGCAGAGAAGGCAACUAAAUGAAAGGAUGUGCCCGGUCUUACUUACUUUUGUCAUCGAAACCUUUCCUACAAAUCACCUGUCUAACAAGACUGCCAUGAAGUUAAAUAAUCAGUAAUGAGACAUAAUUGUGGGACAUCCCACUGUCUGCUAUUCUGUAGCCCUUUAUUAUGGUUUAAAAAGAUCUGAAAAACUGUUGAGUACUUCAUACCACCACUAGGUGACACUUGGAGCCACACUAAUGUCGGCGGGGCAGAAUCUAACUUAAAUGUAUGCUCUAUUAAUAGAAGAGAAACUUUUGUCUCUGUGUAAAAAAAACUGCGAAAUGUAACCAGUUUAUGAGGGUUUGUUGACCAAAUCUGAGGUUUAUUUGAGUGUAAGCGUUGCCAUUUCGUAAAAAAAAAAAAUGAAAUGAAACAAAAAGUGGUCAAAUAUUAUUCUGGGGAGAAUUUCUGCAAUUAAGGCUGGAGAUCAAAUGAAGCCAUGUGGUAACAAUGACUCCCUGUAAAAAAAAAAAAAAAAAGAAAGAAAAACAUGUGCAUUUGAAAAAAACCAAAGGUCAUUAAGGGACUAGCAUUAAGUUAAUACCCAUUCAUUUAGGGAAGAUUUUUAAGCCCGUAAUGUGGAAUGGAGUCGUACAUUGGAGGAAUGUUAUGUAACGAUCUCAUUCUCUCCAGCUUCCUCUCUGUGUGUUUAUAAGCUGUUCAGCUCCAGCAGGGUCUGGUCCAGGACUUGAUGCAUGCCCAGGUUCUCCUCUUUGGCAUGUGAUAAUUUUUCUGGAGAAAGGAAGAAAAGUGACAGUGAGAUCCCAGCCACUGGCAAGUAACACUUAUCGAAUCUAUGGGAUAAUUCUCAUCUGAAGGUUUCUCAAACAUCAAUAUUUCAAAACAGAGUAUUAGUAUUUCCCUGCUAUUCUGAUGAGCACAUGUUUUGCAUAUUUCUAUUUUGGUUAAACUGUGCCACAUGCAAAAUCCAACCACAUCACUGUGACUUUCAUGCAUGAACUGCUGACUGUUAUUAUAUGCUUGAGGACUGUCAACUCUCCAAGGAUUAGGUUAAACACUUUCAGAUUUUCUUGUAUUAAAUUCGACCGAGUGUACAUGAUUUAUAUCACCUUAUGGACACGCGUGAUUACACAUCAGGAACCGAAAGGAAGUUAGAGUAAAAAAAACCAAAAUAUUGCUCAAACAGGUUAAAGAGGAUCAGAAACUGUGUUAAAUCACACCAAAACUAAAUAAAAUCUCACCUCUUCUCAUACUUGCUGGUGUUUACAGAUAUAGAAACACUUUUUGUAAAUGGCUGAUUGUGCUUUAAAUGUAUCAUUACUAUGUACAAUUUAUAAAAAACAAAAAACAGUAUCAGAAAUCUGGAAAUUAAAAAGGGAAAGAUUUUUAAUUGAUGGUUUAAUUCAUAAUAGAACAGGCCAAAGGCACAGAUGAUCACAGAGAUACUUUGGAGAGUCCUAAAAUUCAAAACUUGAGUCAGAAAAGGAAAAGUAGGAAGCAGAGAUGGAGACAGAGGGAUGUCAGAGCUUCUACAGAGAUGUCAUGUCAUUGAGGGCAUGGUCCAGCUCCUCACUAAUGGCCUUGUACUUCAGCUUCUGAGCAUACAGUUCAUCUGGAGGUCAGGGGUCAACAGGAAGAGCAGGCAGGUGUAGGGGACAGCAGCAACACAAAGAAGCCAAAAGCAGAGUAACAAUGAGAGGAAGAUGGAGGGAAAGAGCAGAGGGAGGAAGGAGAGGACAAAUAAAAAAAUGGGUCAGGUAUUUUAAAGCUGCAGGAAUAAGAGCGAGAAAGAGUGAUGCAUGUCUAAUACUUCACAAAGCAGGAUGAGCUUUUGAUUUUCAACCCUGCCCUGAAUGUGUCAAACUGCUUUAACACAAAAUGGGACUCAGCUGCAUGUGGUUCUAAAGCUAAACAAUCCUGACCCAGACACACCGGAGCACACUGUGUCCUCUUUGAGUAGUCGUCCUUCAGAUACAAAGUACUGUCAUUAAGCUUGUCUCAGGUAUAGAGUUUCCAUGCAUCUGGCAGCAAAUGCUUUUUUUUUUCCCCCACACAAAGUAUUUUUGAAAUAGGACACUGUUUCUGGAUCUAUGUCAAACUCAGUGUAUCUGUGCAUGUGUGUUAAGACAGUUGAAAGUAAGCCCCUGAAACUUCACCAAACUAUUCAUUUGUUCAUUAACAAACUCAAACUGGACGCAUCCUAAAGUCCAUCCAUGCUUUUGAUUGACACAUGUUUAACUUGUCAUAUGAAAAUGUAGAUUUAAGUUCAAAGAUGAGAUCGAACUCUAAAGCAUCACGACAUUGAAAUGUUUCAGAGCUCCUACCUUCCAGGUCAUCAAUGGUCUUUUCCAGUUUGGCCACUGACCGCUCUGCAAACUCUGCACGGGUUUCAGCCUGACAAACACAGAGGCAACCAGAGUGUGUCAAGAGUUACACAACAGCUGCGGUAAACUUACCACAAUAUUAGGCUUUCAAGAUCCUGUCAGUAGGAUGGCCUGAACUGACCUGAAUCAACUCUAUAAUGUUACAUUCUAAGUGUCCUUGACCACAACCCAAUUCAAAUUCCUGUCCAAGUCUUUUUAUCAUCACAUAUGUAACCUUGUCAAUGCUUAAUGUUUACACUCAUAUAAAAUGAAGGAUAUUCAGGAGGCUGACUUCUUCCAUUUUGCUCUGUGUUGAGUAAAAUCCUGAACUUACCUCCUUCAGUUUGUCAGUCAGAACUUUAAUCUCCUCCUCGUACUUGUCUUCUUUUUCUGAGUACUGUUGGCAGAGACACGAAGAAACAACAUUACCUAAUUAGAAGCAGAGAUAACAACACAUGCUUGUACAUGCUUUCACCUACAAACUAUAAGAGCACACACUCGCCGCCUUUAUCCAUGCAUAAUAGCGUAAUAAUUGUUUUUACAGCUGCCACUCCCUCUCUGCGGAGCGAUAAGUGAGUAGUGACACAAAGGAGGAGAGGUGUUGGCCUGGCCUGGGAACAAGCUGUGCUGCUGUGAUGCCAAGCAUGGUAAGCCUGACUGAACAAAACGAAGGCAUGUGUUGUUGAAGGAGCGUGGUCAUGUGGGGAGCCUGGCAUGCUGUCAUACAGCCUGUCUGUGCCUGGGGAGGAAUUUAAUGCGGCAAAGAGGAAGAACAUGCUGCAGGUUUCUCCUGGAGGCUGCUUCCCGAAUACUUGAACACCUUUCGCAGCUGUACAAACCUGCUUAAAACAGCCCUGUUGGCAAAGUGUUCAAUAAAUUAUUUUGCAUUUAUGUAUUUUAAGGGCUAC